AACACUUAUCUUCCUGUGAACCAAUAGCAGCCUGGUCCUUGAGCCGGUUGCCAUGGUCACGUUGUGUGUUUGGAGUAGGGCGGGGCAGGCAAUGGGGCGGAUCGGGUUUAGGCAGGUAGGCCGGCAAGGUGGAGAAGGGGCAGGGAAGUGUUGGAGAAGGGGCCAUCCUGCAGGUUUGUGGACCACCACACCAGAGGGGAUCGGGUGGGAGCCUCCAGGUGACUCCGGAGAAUUCGCAGUGAAAUUACCAUCGAGAGACCAACAGCUCUCUCCUCACCCGGCCCGACAAUGUAUCCUGGGAACCGUAGGAGAAUGCAGAAGCUAGCGGAGUCCAUGAGUAAAACCUCCAAGCAUUUUAACAAACAUGAAAUAGAGUGCCUCAUAAAACAUUUUCAUACCUUGCUGGAAGAAACAAUUGAAAAACAAGGUACCACUGGGAUAGAUCGCAAUGCCUUUCGAAACAUCCUGCACACUAUAUUUGGAAUGACUGAUGACAUGAUUAUGGACAGGGUAUUUCGUGCUUUUGACAGAGACAAUGAUGGAUUUGUGAAUGUGACAGAGUGGGUAGCAGGAUUAUGUGUGUUUCUACGAGGGAGUCUGGAAGAAAAAAUGAAAUACUGUUUUGACGUGUAUGAUUUGAAUGCUGAUGGUUUCAUUUCACGAGAGGAAAUGUUUCACAUGCUGAAAAACAGCCUUCUCAAGCAACCAAGUGAAGAAGAUCCAGAUGAAGGGAUUAAAGAUUUAGUUGAUAUAACACUUAAAAAGAUGGAUCAUGACCAUGAUGGGAAGCUAUCUUUUGCAGACUAUGAAAUGUCUGUAAGAGAAGAAGCUCUUUUGUUAGAAGCAUUUGGUCCAUGUUUACCGGAAUCAAAGGUUCCUUGGGAGAUAAAAAUGAUCUGGUACUCCCAUCUCUUUGAAGACUUGCCAAAUUUCAUUGUGAUCCAUACAAUCAAAGAUUUUAAUAUAGUCAAUGAAGCAGAAGCAGAUAUUUGUUUUGGUUUGAUUUUUUUGUCAGGAACUCCCUUGUUUUCUCCAAUUCAGGGAAUGUUGGCAAUCUGGUCUCUAGUUUCUCUACCUCUUCAAACACCAGUCUCAUCUUCCUGGGUUCAAAUCUGACCUCAGAUCCUUACUAGCUGAGUGACCCUAGGCAAGUCACUUAAUCAUAAUUACCUCAGUUUUCUAAUCUAUAAAAUGAGCUGGAGAGGGAAAAAGCAAACUACAUCAAUAUUUUUGACAAGAAAACCCCAAAUGGGGUCAUGAAGAGUUGAACAAAACUGAAAUGACUGAACAGCAACCACCACAAAUACAGGAUACAUCCAAAAUAAAUGAAUGGUAAUUUGGCAGAGGUCCUAAUUACUAGUGGAUUCAGGAAAGACUUCCUUAAGAGGGUGGCAAAAAAGUUGAGUCUUCAAGGGAGUUGGGUAUUUCAAGAGACAGAGAUGAAAGAAGAGAAGAUAUUUUAGGCAUUAGGAAUGGUUUGUACAAAAGUAUAGAGCUAAAAAAUGGAGUUUUUGCAUGUGAGAAACAGAAAGAAAGCAAGUUGGUAGGAACAUAAAUGGAGAGAUUUAUAGUGUAAUCAGCCUGAAAAGAUAAAAGCAUAGCCAAAUUACAUCUUUUAAAUAAAAGCAAGGCAGUUUUUAUUGUAUUUUAAAUGCAUUAAGGAACCAUUGAACAAAAGUGAUACUAUCAGACAGAGCAAUUCAAGGCUGAGAUUUAGAAAAUGAUUAACAGUGAUAGAACAAUGUGGAAAGGGAUACAGUGACUUCCACUCUGAAAUAGAGUGAUCUUAGAUUUCUCUCAUAUUUCCCAAGAAUCUAAAAAGAUAUACUUCAUCCACUAUUUAGUACCUUGUUAAUAAGCAUUGUAAAGAAAUUAAUCUUUGGAUGUAGACAGAAUUACUUGUAGACAAUUGUAUGUUAUUACUUUUAAAUUAUUCACAACAGAUAAUAAGAUCAUUGUCUUAUAAUAUGGAAUAGACUUCUUAAUAUUUAUGUACUUUCUCCCACCAGUUCAAUAGAUUUUUCCCUCUGUAGCUUCCUAAUUUCCCCCAUUUCCCUAAUUGUCCUACCUUUCUUAAAAGGAUUAAAAUAUUUUAAUUGUUUUACUCUUUUUGAAAAAGUUUUUUAAUUAGACUUAUGACUAAGUCAUCAAUUGAAAUGGGCCACUUUAAGAAUCCUAUUAGAGGUUAGUGUAAACUAUAUCUAAUUUUUUUCACUUUUAUU